AUGAGCGGCUACGACAGAGCACUUUCCAUCUUUUCGCCCAACGGCCACAUCUUCCAGGUGGAGUACGCGCUGGAGGCCGUCAAGCGCGGGACCUGCACGGUGGGCAUCAAGGGCGAGGACUGCGUCGUGCUGGGCUGCGAGCGGCGCUCGACGCUCAAGCUGCAGGACCCGCGCAUCACGCCGUCCAAGAUCUCGCGCAUCGACAACCACCUGAUCCUGUCGUUCGCAGGCCUCAACGCGGACUCGCGCAUCCUGAUCGAGAAGGCGCGCGUCGAGGCGCAGUCGCACCGCCUGACGCUCGAGGACCCCGUCACCGUCGAGUACAUGACGCGCUACAUCGCCGGCGUGCAGCAGCGCUACACGCAGUCCGGCGGCGUGCGCCCGUUCGGCGUGUCCACGCUCGUCGCCGGCUUCGACCCCCGCGACGCGCGUCCGCGCCUCUACCAGACCGAGCCCAGCGGCAUCUACUCCGCUUGGGCCGCGCAGGCCAUCGGCCGCAACUCCAAGACCGUGCGCGAGUUCCUCGAGAAGAACUACUCCAAGCACACCCCGCCCGCCUCCGAGCAGGACUGCGUCAAGCUCACUGUCAAGUCCCUGCUCGAGGUGGUCCAGACCGGCGCCAAGAACAUCGAAAUCACGGUCGUGCGCCCCGACGCCCGCAUCGUGACUCUUACUACGGCCGAGAUUAGCCGCUACGUCGACGAGAUCGAGCGCGAGAAGCAGCAGGAGCUGGAGAAGAAGAAGAAUGGCGACUAG